AUGGGUCGCUGGGGCUGGCGAUCUGGACAUAAGCAGCACCAUGAAGAAUACCUUAAAGUCAAUACUGAAGACUGGGAGCUCAAUCUCUCCAAUCUAGUCAACCAAACCGACAUGCUAGCGCUCUUCGACAAAUGUCGCACACUAGAGACCAAUCCCACUAACGACUACCCAUUCGAUCGAAAGUACACCACUAUCAUCCUCGGCAACCUGGUAAUGCGUACCGGGGCGAAGAUUCGUGAUCGGGAUCUUAAGCACCUUCGCGACAUUGUUCCUGAUAUUACCUGCCGUGCCCAGUAUGCUGGGCCAUUCGCCGACGGAGGCUUUCGACUCCCUGGAAAAGUGCAGUUUAUCGCCGCGCUUGAUCACUACCAGGAGGGUGUUCCGAGAAAUUUCGCCGAUCCAAGGUGA